GUUUUAGUGAAGUGAAGUCGUUGUUGUUGUUGUAUCUCUAUCAAAAUCAAAAUCAAAAUCCCUAUCGUAAAUUUUCUGAAAAUCGAAGCAAGUUUAGUACUAGUUUAACCACAGAUCCAGCGUUUUCUGUUUUCCCAUUUUCCCGAGAAAGUGUGGGAAAGCAAUGGAAAAGAUGAGCAAAGCCUUUGAGAAAGUGAAGAUCAUGGUGGGAAUGGAAGUCGAAGACGAAGAGCAACAAGCUGCGGCAUUGGACAACGACAACUCCUUCGCCUUCAUGGAUGAAUUCAACCGCAACUGCACCUUGUCCACCAAACAGAGACUGUAUGGUUUUGCCAUAUGCUUUGCUGCUGGGUUAACCUGUACACUGUUGUCUAUGCUUGUUUUCCUCAAACCCAUCAAGUUUGCAAUAGCAUUUACUCUUGGCAAUUUGCUUUCACUUGGAAGCACAGCAUUCCUCAUAGGUCCUAAAAAGCAAAUAUCGAUGAUGCUUGAUCCUGUUCGGAUCUAUGCAACAGCCAUAUACAUUGCAAGUAUGAUAAUUGCCUUGUUUUGUGCUCUUUAUGUUCAUAACAAGCUACUGACGCUUCUUGCAAUUAUCUUGGAGUUUGGCGCACUAGUUUGGUAUAGCUUGAGCUACAUCCCUUUUGCGAGGUCCAUGGUUUCAAAGAUCAUGGUUUCAUGCUUUGACACAGAAUUUUAGGUUAUAUGCUGAACGACUAAAACAUUCUCUGUUGAACUGCAUUGAUCUCUUCAAUAUCCUAUCAAGCCAGCAGAAAGGUUGAGUCUGAAAUACAUGAUUCUCCGUUGUGCGCUUUUUUCUAUUGGAGUCUUGUGUAGGUUCCAUUUGAUUGUUAGAUGUAAAAUCUUGUGCAUUUGUAUUUUGUUAUCUACAGGCUAAUGUAAAGGUUUUUGUUUCUCCCAA